GACUGCAGACAGUGAAGAGAAAGAAGUUUCAGAAUGUUUAUAGUUUCAAAGUAGAAAUAACGGAUAUUGCAGUGUGUGAAAGUGAAAUUUGUUAAAGGAAGAGUUCGGAUUGCGGCUUGGAAGGAGCUGAAGAGGCGCAAAACUUUCAUGGCUAAUUGAUAAAUGAACUUAAAAGAAUUUGGAGUUUAAUUUCUAAAACCAGCAACAACAUUUAAUUCUUAAGAAUAUAAAAAAAGUUAACAGAAAUGGCUGACUAUAUGGAUGAACAUAAUGAAGCGUUCAAUAUUUAUAACAAGGACUUUAAAUUGGGAUUAUGUAAGAGAAAAUAUCGGCCCACAACGAAGCGCCUUGUAAUCCCUCGAAUGUCGCUGCUGGGUAAAUCUAUUACCUACACACGCGGUACACAUCGACGUGAUGCACGUUACCGGAUCAUACAAGGUCGUAUUUAUAAUUUUCUGGAGCGUCCACGCGGACUUAUCGCAAUCUCCUAUCACAUAAUGGUAUUUAUUUUGAUCUUCACCUGUUUAGCCUUGAGUAUUUUCGCCACUAUCAACGAAUAUGAAAAAGAGGCAUCAUUUUCCUUAUAUCGUCUGGAGGUAUUGGUGGUAUUUUGGCUCACGAUUGAAUUUGUUGUGCGGUUAUGGGCGGCAGGUGUACGCUCACGUUAUCAGGGUCUUCUGGGACGCUUUAAGUUCAUGACUGGCACAUUUUGCAUCAUAGACCUCAUUACCAUCGCCGCCUCGAUAAUUGCUUUGGCGCAGGGCGCACCACGUCGUGUGUUUGCGACCAGCACUUUGCGUGCGCUGAGGUUCUUUCAGAUCUUGCGCAUGUUGCGCAUGGAUCGACGUGGUGGUAGUUGGAAACUUUUAGGGAGUGUUGUCUACGCACAUAGACAGGAACUACUCACAUCUGUCUACAUCGGUUUUCUGGGUCUCACUUUCUCUUCCUUCCUAGUCUAUUUGGUUGAACGUGAUGUCAAUGAGCAAUUCAGCAAUUUUGCGAAAGCUUUAUGGUGGGGUGUUAUAACAAUGUGCACUAUCGGAUAUGGCGACUCAGUGCCCAUAACCUGGCAGGGUAAAGUCAUCGGUUCGAUUGUUACUUUGUUGAGCUAUUCGUUCUUUGCACUACCGGCGGGCAUUUUGGGCAGCGGUUUCGCCUUGAAAGUCCAACAACAACAGCGUCAAAAGCAUAUGAUAAGUCGCUAUCAGCCCGCGGCCACAUUAAUACAGUCUAUUUGGCGUUAUUAUGCAGCAGAUGAGAAUUCUACUGCCGUAGCCACAUGGAAAAUACACGAAAUACCUAUACAAAUGCCAAGUCCCACUAGCUCUUUCAAAGUUCAAAGCCCCUUGCGACGUUUGCCUAGUCGCCGCCGMCGUAGCCAAACCAUACAUUCGCCUGUCGAUAUUGUACAUAUUGAGUCAGCGAAGUCGGGUCGCUAUCUUUCGGUCUUCAAUGACAAGUCUGUCGAAAGUCAAGAUGAAGAAUAUACACCAAAGUGCAAUACGUUAAUGAAGAAACACAAAAUCGCUAUCAGAUUUAUAAGAAUGCUUAAGUUUAUGGUUGCCCGUCGAAAAUUCAAAGAAGCCUUGAAACCCUACGAUGUGAAAGAUGUACUGGAACAGUAUGCGGCUGGUCACGCGGACCUGUUGAUGCGAGUAAAAAAUAUACACGCGAGAUUGGAUCUAAUAUUGGGCGGCAAGCGUGCGCCAAAAAUCAAGGAUGCAUCGAAAAUCUGCUUAGCUUCCAGAGUGGUCAAAAUGGAGCGACAAGUGACCGAUAUUGAUGAUAAACUGGAUCUACUGAUCAGACAGUAUAUGGAGGAUCGCAGRCGAAAAGAAAAUGAUAACGAAGAGCAGUCAAAUUUGUUGCCCGCACUCGAAGCUGUGAAUACAGASACGAUCAACAAAAGAGAGAAUGAAAACAUUACGGCAGCUGUGAAGGAGGCAAAAAGCGCCAAUAGAACAAGUCUCCCCUCGAUCGUCUAUCAACCACACCUGCCCGCGAAUAUAAAUUAUCCGCCACAUCGUGACUUAAAAUUACCACUCCCACAGCAGCGACCUGAUAGUGCAAUCAUAUUUAUAGAUGAUUUGGGCAAAGUAGAAGAAGGCGAUAUAUUCGCUGAGGACGAUGA